CUGACCGCACUUCCCUCUUGGACUCUUUGUCAUCCAGAGCAGCCUCCUCCAUGGACUUCUACAAUGAGACCUUCAAUGAUAUCCAUGGUCUAUUCCUCUGCAGAGGCGACGUUAACGCAUCUACUUGUCAGAACUGUGUCACCAGCGCCGGAAAAGAGAUCAGCAGGGUAUGCCCGUCGAACAAAACCACAAUCAUAUGGUAUGAUUUUUGCAUGAUCCGCUACUCAGAUAUCAACUUUUUUGGAGAACAACAAUCUCAACCAAGAUUGAUUUUAUAUAAUUCCCAAGGUAUUAAUUCGACUGAGGAUCCACAAAACUCUGCAGCUGAGAAUUUCAUACAAUUACUGAUAUCGGAUAGUCUGCUUACGGACAAACUGUACACUGCAAAUAGUUUGCCUAAUGGCAAUCAGGAUCGGUAUGGGAUGGUGCAGUGUACGAGAGACAUAAAUAAAACCGCUUGUGGAGCUUGUUUGAAACAGCUUGUCCUGAGUAUACCACAAGGGAGCGUAGGGUGGCGUAUUUUGGGAGCCAGUUGCUAUAUCAGGUAUGAACAGUACAACUUUUUGCAACCAGCGGCUGCUCCACCAGCACCACCACCAAUUCUCCCCGCGCCUCCAAAUGAUCAAGGAAACGGAGGAUUGAAAAACACAACAAAAAUAUCAGUCAUCACUGUAUCAACGACAGCAGGUGUAGCCAUCUUGGGUUUCUGUGUUUACCUGUCUCUUCGCCGAAAAAGAGGACAGAAAGGUUAGAAUUUAAUCAUGUAGAAUGGUGAAGUUGUCAUUUUAUCCAAUUCUCAUUUGUCAGCAGAUCCUGAAACAGGGGAAGAAAUUUUAUUAGGAAGUGUGCAUGGGAGAGACCAGGACAAAAACGAAGAGAUGCAGUACUUCAACCUAGCUACCAUACAGGCUGCUACAGAUGAUUUCUCGGCAGCAAAUAAACUGGGAGAAGGUGGAUUUGGACCGGUCUACAAGGGCAAGCUGCAUGAUGGAAAGGAAGUAGCAGUUAAAAGGCUUUCUAAAAACUCAGGGCAAGGGCUUGAAGAGUUCAAGAACGAAGUGAAGUUAAUCAUAAAACUUCAACAUAAGAAU